AUGGGUCCCGCAAUUGGAAUCGAUCUUGGUACCACCUACUCCUGCGUGGGUAUCUUCAGAGAUGACCGUAUUGAAAUUAUUGCCAACGACCAGGGCAACCGCACAACUCCUUCCUUCGUCGCCUUCACGGAUACCGAACGUUUGAUUGGAGAUGCAGCAAAGAACCAAGUCGCCAUGAACCCGCAUAACACAGUCUUCGACGCAAAGCGCCUCAUCGGACGCAAGUUCGCUGAUGCUGAGGUUCAGGCUGAUAUGAAGCACUUCCCUUUCUCCGUCAUCGACCGUGCUGGCAAGCCCGUCGUUGAGGUUGAGUUCAAGGGUGAGAAGAAGCAGUUCACACCCGAGGAGAUUUCGUCCAUGAUCUUGGUCAAGAUGCGCGAGACCGCCGAGUCGUACUUAGGAGGAACCGUCAACAACGCUGUCGUCACAGUCCCUGCGUACUUCACCGACUCGCAACGUCAAGCUACCAAGGACGCUGGCCUGAUCGCCGGCCUCAACGUUCUUCGCAUCAUCAACGAGCCUACCGCAGCUGCCAUUGCCUACGGUCUUGACAAGAAGGUCGAGGGCGAGCGCAACGUUCUCAUCUUCGAUUUGGGCGGAGGAACUUUCGAUGUUUCUCUGCUUACCAUUGAGGAGGGUAUCUUCGAGGUCAAGUCUACCGCCGGUGACACUCACUUGGGAGGUGAGGACUUUGACAACCGAUUGGUUAACCACUUCGUGCAAGAAUUCAAACGCAAAAAUAAGAAGGACCUGUCCACCAACGCCCGUGCCCUCCGUCGUCUCCGCACUGCUUGCGAGCGUGCGAAGCGUACUCUUUCUUCUUCCGCCCAGACCUCCAUCGAAAUCGACUCGCUGUUCGAGGGUAUUGACUACUACACAUCCAUCACCCGUGCUCGAUUCGAGGAGCUCUGUCAGGACCUCUUCCGUUCUACCACCACCCCAGUUGACCGUGUCCUCGCCGAUGCCAAGAUUGACAAGUCCAAGGUCCACGAGAUCGUCCUUGUCGGUGGUUCUACCCGUAUCCCCCGUAUUCAGAAGUUGAUCACCGAUUACUUCAACGGAAAGGAGCCCAACAAGUCCAUCAACCCCGAUGAGGCUGUUGCCUACGGUGCUGCCGUCCAGGCUGCGAUUCUCUCCGGUGACACUUCCUCCAAGUCCACCAACGAGAUCCUCCUCCUCGAUGUUGCGCCAUUGUCCCUUGGUAUUGAGACUGCCGGUGGCCAGAUGACCAAGCUCAUCCCCAGAAACACUACCAUCCCCACGAAGAAGAGCGAAGUCUUCUCUACCUUCUCCGACAACCAACCCGGUGUCCUCAUCCAAGUAUACGAGGGUGAGCGUCAACGCACCAAGGACAACAACCUUUUGGGCAAGUUUGAGCUCACUGGUAUCCCCCCUGCGCCUCGUGGUGUUCCCCAGAUCGAGGUUACUUUCGAUCUUGAUGCCAACGGAAUCAUGAACGUCUCUGCUCUUGAGAAGGGUACUGGAAAGUCCAACAAGAUUGUCAUCACCAACGACAAGGGCCGUCUUUCCAAGGAGGACAUCGAGCGCAUGUUGUCCGAGGCCGAGAAGUACAAGGCUGAGGAUGAGGCCGAAGCUGGACGCAUCGGCGCCAAGAACGGUCUUGAGUCGUACGCUUACUCCCUCCGAAAUACUCUCUCCGACUCCAAGGUCGACGAGAAGCUUGACGCUGCCGACAAGGAGAAACUCAAGGCUGAGAUUGACAAGACCGUCGCAUGGUUGGAUGACUCUCAACAAGCCACCAAGGAGGAGUACGAGGAACACCAGAAGGAACUCGAGGCCGUGGCCAACCCCAUCAUGAUGAAAUUCUACGGAGCUGGUGGCGAGGGAGGUGGUAUGCCAGGUGGCAUGCCAGGCGGUCCAGGAGGAUUCCCAGGUGCCGGAGGCCCCGGUGCAACACAUGAUGAUGGACCGACUGUGGAAGAGGUUGACUAG